UCAAAAACUGACACCGAUCUCGUCCUGCCUGAGGCUAACGAAGAAGAACGUGAGAAGGAGUGGAAAUAUCCCUAUCAUCACACCCAGUCAUUGGGCAGGCUGCAGAGAGUGACAGAACACUGAGAUAUAUCAGGCAUCUGUCAUUGUUACUGUAUACCGAGCACAGGAUUCUAUGCAGCAUCACUCUCAGGACUGAGUCUAAAACAGCGCUCUGAAGAAGCACUGUUUACGGUACGACAUCCUCCUUGAUCUGAAUAACAGGAGAGACAGUUUGAAUGACACUUGUUCGCUAGUCUAGGAGGCAGGGGUCUUUUUUUUUUUUUAAAGACCUUUCUUUUUGGCACUGCUCCAUAAUUAAUUAAUUUAAUUUCUGGAAAAUAUCCUUCUUUUUUGCAAGUUACCAACAAAGGCGUAACAUUACGGAUUCGUAGAAGACAAGCAGCCAUGAAGCCAUUUAUACCAGUUACGCUGUUCAUGUGGAUCAUACUUGGAAUGACAAGGGCUGCCAAAAUUCUUGUGGUCCCGCCAAUAAUGUUUGAGAGCCAUCUAUACAUAUUUAAAACAGUAGCCUCUGCUUUGCACGAACAAGGACACCAAACUUUUUUACUUGUUUCUGAAGGAAGGGAUAUACCACCAUCUAGUCAUUACGAAUUGCAACGUUACCCGGGAAUUUUUAACUCCACCACAUCAGAUGAUUUUCUACAGUCCAAAAUGCAGAAUAUAUUCUCUGGGAGACUUACAGCACUGGAACUCUUUGAUAUUCUUGAUCAUUAUUCCCAAAACUGUGACAUAACUGUGGGCAACCAUGAACUCAUGCAGCGCCUGAAGCAAGAACACUAUGAUUUGGUGCUGGUUGAUCCAAAUGAGAUGUGUGGAUUCGUCAUAGCCAAUAUUUUGGAUGUUAAUUAUGCUGUGUUUUCUACUGGACUUUGGUAUCCAGCUGAAGUGGGUGCACCUGCUCCUCUAGCCUAUGUACCUGAGUUUAAUUCACUCCUCACAGAUCGCAUGAACCUGUUGGAAAGGAUUAAAAAUUCAAUUGUUUAUCUUGUUUCUCGAUUUGGAGUGAACUUUCUAGUCCUACCAAAAUAUGAAAGCAUAAUGAAAAAACACAACAUUUUGCCAACAAAGUCCAUGUAUGAUUUAAUCCAGGGAUCUUCUCUAUGGAUGCUCUGUACAGAUAUUGCACUGGAGUUUCCAAGGCCCACACUUCCAAAUGUAGUUUAUGUUGGGGGCAUCCUCACUAAACCAGUCAACCCAUUACCUCAAGAUUUUAAAAUGUGGGUGGACAGCGUGGAUGAAAAUGGAUUUGUUCUGGUUUCAUUUGGAGCGGGUGUGAAGUACUUGUCAGAAGACAUUGCACAUAAACUAGCUGGCGCACUUGCAAAAUUACCUCAGAAAGUGAUUUGGCGAUUUUCUGGGAGCAAACCAAACAAUUUAGGAAACAACACAAAACUGGUAGAAUGGCUACCUCAAAAUGACUUAUUGGGUCACCUGAAGAUUAAGGCAUUUCUCAGUCAUGGGGGUUUGAAUGGUAUUUUUGAAGCCAUGUACCAUGGAGUACCUGUUGUAGGAAUCCCACUUUUUGGUGACCAUUAUGAUACCAUGACACGUGUACAAGCAAAAGGAAUGGGUAUUCUUCUAGAAUGGAAAAAGAUGACAGAAGGAAAUUUAUUUAAAGCCCUUACAAAUGUUAUCAAUGAUGAAAGUUAUCGACAACAGGCGUUGAGGAUGUCCAACAUUCACAAGGAUCAACCAGGCCAUCCUGUGACUAGAGCUACAUAUUGGAUUGAUUACAUUCUACGUCAUGAUGGGGCAGAACACCUGCGAGCUGCGGCCUAUGAUAUCUCUUUGUACCAGUACUAUUUAGUGGAUGCUAUUAUACUUACACUUUUAGCAGGUUUCUUAGGCUGGUACUUUGUUUCAAAUCUAGUCAAAUAUUUUAAGAAAAAUUUAACCAGUACAAAGCACAGCACCCUAAAUGGAUUUUGUCAUAACGGAAUAGCAAAUGGCAAACACAAGAAAAACGGAUUCAUCAAACAUGAAAAAAAAGUAAAAUGAACAGAAAAGCACUGAUUUAAAAAGGAUUCCAAAAUGGGAAUUGAUGGUUUAUUACCAGUGCUGGGGGAGAUUUUGCUGCAUUGCUGGAAAUAUCUAUCUAGAAGGCCUACGCCACAUGGCUCCCCAUUGGCAUCCCUUACCAUCACUGUUUUUCCCAAGGCUGGCCUUAUCCCAUCUGUUGGAUUUUUAGUAAAUGUACUUCAUGCUCCCCCAACACUGACUUUCAGGCUUAAAAUAGAAUCUCCAAACACUUCCUCCUUAUAACAAAAUUUUAUUGAACGCUUAUCAAAACUAAAAGGUUUUACAUUUUAUAAAGGUUAAUUUUUAUUUUUUCUGCUAAGAGAUGGAGACAUGUUAAUGGUCUUGCAGGUAGUUCUGAAUUUAAGUCUGUAUGAAAUGUUAUUUUAACACCCACAGGGAUCCUUGCCUAAAAUUAGACCUGAAAAUUCUACUUGUAUAAGCAUUUAAAUACCUCACCCACAUAGCAUGUUUAACUGCAAUGAUAUGUUUUAUUGAACACUGUGGACAGCAUAACCACUUGAAGUGAUUGAGGUGAUUAUGAUGCCUGGAGUUUGCUGGAAAUGGGUUUUACAUCACUGCUAAAUGCUUUACUCGCUGCAGCCCACAGUAAUGCCUUUAAAUACGAUAUGACAGAGGCGGAGUUAUGCAAACCAUUUCAUACUGGCGAUUGAGUUAGUGAUUGGCUGAGAGCACUCCGUUGAAGCUCUCAGGCUAACUACUGCCUGCAUCCCUUGGUACAACGUGAAGGGGAUCAUAGCUUUACCUAUGACAUUUUGUCAUUGGCUGAAUGACUGCCAGUGACAGAAUCUCUCUGAGUAAAUUGUUUAGCAUUGAUGUGGGACCGAAAGCUCCAGGUACCCAAGUAUUUUAAUCAGUUAAUGUGGUUAUGAGUGUUACUGUAAGUCUUUUGGGAUAAAUAAUUUUUAGCUUUUUAAACACACCAUUAGUUGCUGCCUCUAGAUGAUGUAUUAAUUGUGUCCUAGAACAGGGGUGGGGAACCUUUUAUCUGCCAAGCACCAUUUGGAUAUUUAAAACAUCAUUCGCAGGCCAUACAAAAUUAUCAGCUUAAGAAUUAGCCUGCUGUAUUUGGUCAAACGUUUCAUUAACUCACUCCUAAUUUGAUGGCUGGAACAGCUUCUCUUUGGUGUGAUGUUGAUAUUGAUGAUGUUGCUACUCGCAGUGUGUGUGUGUGUGUGAGAGAUGGGUGUAGUGUGUGAGUGUGUGAGGUGCAGUCUGUGAGUGUGUGAGGGCUGCAUGCAGAGUGUGUGUGAGGGGUGCAGUGUGUUUGUGUGAGGGGUGCUGUUUGUGUGUGAGGCGGUACAGUGUGUUUGUGUGAGGAGUUCUGUGUGUGUUGGGGUGGGUGUGCAGUGUGUUUGUGCGAGGAGUUCCGUGUG